AUGAUGUGGUCAGGCCUGGAGCCAUCGCCUAAUCAAUAUGAUGAGAAUUAUUUGAAUAUCAUGAAGCAAAUUGUCGAAUUAUUACAAAAGUACGGGAUUUAUGUGUUGUUGGACAUGCACCAAGAUGUACUAUCGACCCGUGUUGGAUCAUAUGAUGGUAUUCCGCCAUGGCUCUAUGAUCGCUUUCCACCUUCAAAACAUUCUUAUCCCUGGCCAUUAAAACCAAACUCAACGGCCGGUGGUAAUUGGUUUGUUGGUUAUAUAACCGAGGCCACAAGUCAUGGUUUUCAGUGUUUAUAUGACAAUGUGAGCGGCGCCGUUGAUUCAUUUAAAAAUUUCUGGCGUCUCGUUGCAUCUACCUUUGGAUCGUAUGAAACAGUUAUCGGCUACGAGUUUAUUAAUGAACCAUGGGCAGGGAAUAUAUAUGAGAACCCGGCAUUAGCCUUACCGGGUGAAGCAGGCUCAUUGAAUCUUCUGCCAUUGUACGAUAAAUUAAACACAGCAAUACGAUCAGUCGAUAAUGAUACGUUAAUAUUUUACGAACCAGUUACGUGGGGUGUUCGAUUAAAUGGAAAAUAUUUUGGAACCGGAUUCUCACACGUUCCAGGUGGUGCACAAUAUCAAAAUCGGAGUGUACUAUCAUAUCAUUACUACUGCACUAUUCUAUCGUUGGUACCUGUACCUGGAAACGAGUCUAUACCUGUGUUUGAUCGUACUCUGUGCGAUGAUAUUGAAGGCCCUGCUAUUUUUCGCAGUGUCGCAGUCGAUCUAAAUCAACUGGGUGGCUCGUCAUUCUUGACUGAAUUUGGUGGCUGUGAUAACACUCCGACAUGCCUUGAACAGGUCAUAUAUGGUCUAGAAAAAACCGAUGAAUUUUGGCAAUCAUGGGCAUACUGGGGUGAUUUAUUCAUUGAUGGUGCGGCAGGUAUUAUUGAUUUACCCAAUAUUAAAAUACUUUCGCGUCCGUACGCACGUGCUGUAGCUGGUAUACCACUUUCCCUUCAAUUCAAUGCUCAACGUUUAACGUUUUAUUUUGCCUACACAAUUGAUCCAUCUAUUGGCCAACCGACAGAAAUUUACGUUCCACCACUAUCUUACUCAAACGGUUUCAACGUAACUGUAAGCGAGGGUUUGAUAUGGUCAGUUGAUUCAACAAAUAAAAAUAUCAUUCUCGUUUAUCAUCCGACAAAAUUAUUUUCCAGACACGAAAACAUCAUUGGCAUUGUUGAAAUAAAUCCAGCUUAA